AGGUUGGAGUGGCCUCAGAGUGGCCUGUUUGAUGUUCUGUGGCCUGUGCUUUGAUGAGAAAAUUAAACGGAGACAAGAAACUCUAUCAGAUCUUUUGAAUUUGAAAUUCGAAUAAUUUAAAGCUUCGUGUUUGAUAAAAUGGCACAAAAGAUAGAUUGGUCCAAAUAUGCUCUCGAGCAGGAUGCCUUAAAUUCGAAGAUCGAAAAAAUUAAAGUAAAAGAUGACACGAAAAAUGCUGAUUCCGAAUCUGAUGAAGGUCCGGAUGAAGUGAAUCUGGCUGAAGCUAGUCUGUUGAAAAAGCUUGUUAGAAAAGGAUUAGUUACAAAUAAAAAUGAUAUCGAAAUACAACGUCAGAACCCAAAUUCACCACUGCAUUCCGUUAAAACCUUUGAAGCUUUAAAUUUAAAUCCAAAUUUGCUGAAAGGAAUAUAUGAGAUGGGAUUCAAUGCUCCCUCCAAAAUACAAGAAACAGCACUUCCAACAUUGUUGGCAGUACCUUCACAGAAUUUGAUUGCACAGUCUCAGUCUGGUACAGGUAAAACUGCAGCAUUUGUUUUAGCUAUGCUCAGUAAAGUUGAUGUAUCUAAGAAGUAUCCACAGAUACUAUGCCUUUCUCCUACCUAUGAAUUAGCUAUUCAGACUGGAGAAGUAGCUGCACAUAUGGCCAAGUUUUGUCCAGAAAUUGAAAUGAAGUAUGCUGUUCGGGGAGAGGAAGUUCCAAGUGGUACAAAAUUAACUGAGCACAUCAUAAUUGGUACUCCAGGGAAGGUAAUGGAUUGGGCUCUAAAAUACCGUCAUUUUAAUCUCCAGGAAAUAACAGUGUUUGUGCUUGAUGAAGCUGAUGUUAUGAUUGCACAGCAAGGUCAUCAGGACCAGUGUAUAAGAAUACACAAGAAGCUCAGCUCUAAAUGUCAGAUGAUGUUUUUCUCUGCUACUUAUAAUCAGAAAGUUAUGGAAUUUGCCAAAACCAUUGUUCAAAACCCUAUAAUCAUUAGGUUGAAGAGGGAAGAAGAGAGUUUAGAUAAUAUUCAACAAUACUAUGUGAAUUGUGGUAGUAAAAUGGCUAAAUACAAUGCUCUUACUAAUAUAUAUGGAACUGUUGGUGUAGGUCAAGCAAUUAUUUUUUGCCAGACAAAAAAAACUGCAAAUUGGUUGUCAGAAAAGAUGUCCAGAGAUGGCCAUGCAGUGGCAGUUCUAACUGGGGAUUUGAGUGUGGAGCAAAGAAUCAAUGUUUUGGAUCGUUUCAGAAAUGGCCAAGAGAAGGUAUUGAUCACUACAAAUGUUUUAGCCAGAGGUAUUGAUGUCGAACAAGUAACGAUUGUAGUAAACUUCGAUCUGCCUAUAGAUUUGAAUGGACAAGCAGAUUGUGAUACCUACCUCCACCGAAUUGGUAGAACGGGACGUUUUGGUAAAAGUGGAAUCGCUAUUAACCUGGUAGAUUCUCCAGAAUCCUUGCGUAUAUGUAAAUCUAUAGAAGAACAUUUCAAUAGAAAAAUUCACUUUUUAAAUGCUGAUGAUUCAGAUGAAAUCGAGAAAAUAGGAUCUUAAUUAUAACAACUCUGUAUGCCAAUUAGAAUUAAGUCUAUGUUUCCUAAGAAAUUGAUUAUACAGCUUUCAAAUAAAAGAGUUAUACCUUU